AAAUAAUGGCCUCACUUCUCACCCGUCCUUUAACCUACCUCAAGACAAGAAGAGCCCAACAAGCUUUAGCCUUUAAGCAUGAGAACACUAUUGAAGUCAGAGCUCUGUACAGAUACGUCAUGAAGGACUUGCCAAGACACUUCAAAUCCUACGGUGAGAGAGAAAGUAUUUAGGACAGAAUUUAGGAUGAUCUUUAACAGCAAGAAAGGCCUGAUCAGACAAUCUGAGAUUAAUGAGUUUAAGAUGCAGAUUUAUGGGAUCAUUGAGAAGGUUGAUCAAGGGAUCUAUCCACCCUUUCCCAGGAAUAGAAGAGCCUAGAUAAGUUUCAGUUCGGGACGAA